AGUAGGUCGAAGCAGCGCUCAGAUAAAAUCCUGAUUUGUUGUAUGUUUAUGUCUUUGUUUGUCUGAGUUAUGAAUAAAAAUAAGGCGAGCGGAGUGUCGUGGGUGAAACCAGCGGAACCGUCCUUCCUCAAGAAGUUUAAGAACGACGUGGGAUUCAAAGAAGGCCCCAAUGUUGACACGAAGAGACAGCUCAUGCCGUCUGUGGACGACGACAGCGGCAGCGACCGCGAGGACGAGCUCCCUCAGGUGGUGGUGCUGAAGGAGGGAGACCUGACCGAGGAGGAGGUCAAGAAGAUGAAGGAGACGAAGGAGGAGAAAGGUGACGAAGCUCCUCCAGACGGGAAAAUCCUCUUCAAGAAACCAGCCAAGCGCUCCUCGUCCGACAAAUUCCAGGGCAUCACGGCCAGCUCCAGCAAGAAGAAGAGGAGCGAGGGAGGGGAGAAGAAAGAGGAGAAGGUGGAGGAGGAAGAAGGGAAGGCCGGGAAGAAGGUGAAGAACACCAGCCUGCUGUCGUUCGGAGAUGAGGAAGAGGAGGACGACUGAGACUCAGCCUGAGGCGCUGCGGCAGCUCUUUCCACCAUCCACACAUGAAACGUCUUCCCUUCCUGCUGCUGUGAGGCUGCUGCUGCGCUCAGUGACCAGCAGGGGGCAGCACAGACUGCCUUCAGCACCUUCUCCAUCCUGCAGAAACCCUUCAUUACAGCUGGAACAGGAAGAUGGAUCUGAGUCCGGGAUGGUUUGAAGUGACCCCCCCCCCCCCUCCUCCACACACUGAUCAGGAGACCAGAGCUGAAACCUGAUCCUUUAGUUAGAACUUCUUCAGAUGUUGAUAUUUAUUUAUUUGAAGAAGAGGUUUCAGCAAAAAUUCAAGAAAAUUUAAAAGUAACUGUACAACUCCACCCAGCUGUUUUUAAGUGUGUGUGUGUGUGUGUGGACACACUCUUCAUUCAGCGCCGUGCUGGAUGUUUGAAUGUUUCGUGGCUUCGACAGCGGAGCUCCAACACUUCAUGGAGAAAAAAAAAAAGAUGCAUUUUUAUCAAUGCAGCUGUAAAACGAUGUGACUUUGUGUUGUUUGAUAAAUGAAACAUUAAAUA